AUGGAUAAGCCUGUUUCUUUAAAAAAAUUAUUAAGUGGGAAACCUAUUUCAAAACCUAAAAUACGAAAAGUUCAAAAACAAUUGUCUAAAGCUAAUGCUAUAUCCAAAGAAGAAAUACCUAUAGAAAAAGGCAUCUCAUCACACCCAUUUUUACCUGAAAAUAUUUCUACAGAAACUAAUGGCCUUACUAAUAAGAAUAAUGAAAGCUAUAUAAUAGAUUUGGAAGAGUCUUCAACAGAAGAUAUUAUUGAAGAUCCCAAUAAUGUAUUAGCUUCUUCAUCACCUUUAAAACCUAGCAAAAUUGAACCAACGAUUUUAAAUAAUUCUCCUCAGAAAUCUGUCCAUAACAUAUUAAUGAACAGACAUAGAAAAAGAAAGAUGGAUGAUAUAAAACGUAAUAUAAUUAGUAUAGACGAUGAUCCCGAUACAUAUGAUAACUCAGACAGUAUUAAAUCUCCAGCAAGACUAUUACCUACUGCUAACAUGAAAAAGACAACUUUAAAAGGACUUUUCACAAAUUUCAAAAAACCCAAAGGCUCAGCAGAUUCAAGAGUUAGUACCAAAGAAUCAACUGCGUCAUUAAGUCAAUCAAUUAUUAGAACUAAGCUUUCCAGAAAAAACGAAAUUUCAAAGCUGAAAGAAAUCCCUUGCCCAUGGCCUUUGGUUCAAUUAGUUAAACCACUUCAAUCUAAUUCUGAUGUAGGAAGUGCUGAGCCAAUCGAUAUAAAAUUACUGAAAAAAGAUACCUCAAAAUAUUAUAACUCUAAUUAUAAUUUUACAAAGGAGGAAUAUGGUACUCUUUUGCAGAAUCAUGAAGUGUUAAAGCCUUCAAAGGAAUCAUUAAGCUUUACAUCACCAUUAAGCAAAUCACCCCAUAUUUGGACAACUCUUUUUGCACCAACUUGCAUGGAUGAGAUAUUAUUGAGUCAGAGCGUAAAAGAAAAUAUUAGUUCGUGGAUUAUGAAAGCUUUUCAACGUCUGAAGAAACCUACUACAAGAAGAAGAUUAACUGAUGUAAAUAGAAAGGAAGAAAUUGAUGAAUUUGCAAAUUUUAUUGUACAUGAUGAUUUUGAUGAUACUAACACUGAGAACACGCAAUCAGACGAAAUAGAAGAUUUUGUACCAUUACUUAUCUUACAUGGAGAAGCAGUUGGAAAAAACACUCUCUUUAAAGUUCUUAUGGACUCCCUUGAUGGAAAAAUCUUUGAAGUAAACUCUUCUAGCAAUAGGGGCAAAAAAGAAAUUUUAGAAACUUUGUCAGAUUUUGCCACUACGCAUCACGUCAAAGCCCAAGGCUCUAAUGGUAUUAUAUUGAUUAAUGAUGUAGAUGUUAUCUUUAAAGCUCAUGAUCGACAUUUUUGGCAAGCCAUUACUAAACUAUUAGCGAUUUCAAGAAGGCCAGUUGUUUUAUUAUGUAGAGAUUUAGAAUUCGUUCCUUCUAAUUUGAUAACUAUAGCUAAUGAAGAAGAGUCUCUAUUUUUUGCACAACCGUCAUCGAUUAUUGACUUAAAGAAAUACAUCAUGAGAUCUUGUAGAUCUAUCCUGUUGUCUGUGAAGGAAAAGGAAAUUGACUUUCUAAUUACUCAGUAUGGAAAUGAUAUAAGGAAAAUAUUAUUAAAUCUUCAGUUUUAUAGUAACCCAGGAGACCCUUUACCAAUUUCAAAUGCAACACGAGAUGAAAAUUAUUUAAAAUUUUUAUCAGUUAAAGCUUUUAGCGAAUAUUCUGAUGUAGUAUCUUCUUCAGAUGUUAUUGAAUCAUCAACAAAGUAUAGUUCCUUGAUUUCAGAAAAUAUUGAUUUCACACUAAUGAGUUUUCAAAAUAGAAGCAGAAAUAACAAAAAUACUUCCCAAGCAGGCCCAAAAGUUUCCACGUCAAUUGAUGAUCAAUGGGAAUUAGAUCAUGAUUUUAUGAUGGAUUACAGUUUACAUAUUACCGACACAAAACAUGUUGCAUUGAAAUCACAUGAACUCGAUAUUGCUGCAUAUUUAAGUAAUUUUUUAGGAAUAUGCCAUCUAUUAGAACCGUCGUCAGCUCUUAUUAAAAAAAGAUCCAAACUUAUUAUGGACCGAUCAAUUGAAUAUAUUUCCUCAAGACAAAACUCACCUUUUCAAAUGACAAGAUUUACAAGAAGUUCAAGGAUAUCAAGAGCUAUUUUAGAAGAAUUUGAAGAAUCUUCUUUAAAUACUAGAAAUAAUAGGAUAGAAAGUAUUCGGUUAGACUUUUUAAACAGUUCUAAAAGCGUAAUACAUUCUGAAUUAACUUCUUUCAUUUUAGAAAUAGCCAAGGAUGAAAACUUCAAGAGGAAAUAUAAUACUAACAUCAUUAAAGAAGCACAUCUACAAGAUCCUACGAAGGCUGAAUAUGAAAUAACCUUUGCAUUAAUUCAAAAAAAUCUAUUAAAGAAUUUUUAUUUUCAUUCAAACGCUCAAACUGUUAUAGACAGCUGGAAAGAGACACUAUAG